AUGGGGUGCGCGGUGGCCAUCAUCUUCACCGUCUUCGGCGCCGCCUACGGCACGGCCAAAUCCUCCUCCGCCAUCUUCCACUGCGGCGUCCUCCGUCCGGAACGCCUGAUGCAAAACAUCAUCUGCCCCAUCAUGGCGCAGAUCCUCUCUAUUUACGGUCUCGUCGUCGCCGUCAUCAUCUCCGGUCAGCUCAAUAAACAAGGACUGGCCUUGCAUAACGGCUUCCUCUUCCUGGCUGCCGGUCUCAGUGUCGGUUUGUGCGGUCUCGCUGCUGGCUUCGCCAUCGGUGUCAUUGGGGAUUCGGGAGUGAGGGCCAGCACCCAGCAGCCCCGUCUCUACGUCGGCAUGAUUCUUAUUCUCAUUUUUGCUGAGGUCCUGGGUCUCUACGGCACCAUCAUUGGCAUUAUGUUGGUGUCGAAUGCAGUCUCCAAUUGCGCAAUUUGA